AUGGCCUCCACUCCCCAGAGCGUGCCUGAUCUGGCCCGGUUAUUUGCCAGCCGAGGGAACGUGCACGUGCAGCGAUACCUGCACAGUCAAAAGAGAGAUGACCUCGAAAGAGCGAUAUCUACCGUGCGGACCGCAAUUGGGCUGGCCCAAAACGACUCACGGCCAGUCCUGGGUCCCAUGCUAGCCAAAUUUGGCACUAUGUGGCUGAUGCGAUACGAAUGUACGGACAGAAAGUCUGAUCUUGAUGAAGCUCUCCGGUAUACGCUCUGGGCUCUGGAUGAUGUGUCUGAUCUGGAUUCGGAUCAAGCUAUUAUGCUUGCUACAGUUAGCCAUAUCCUGGCUAGUCGACACGAGCGGGUGGGUGAGGGCCAAGAUCUGGAAGAGGCGAUCUCGAGAAUGCGAACUGCAGUUCGCAUUCAAUCCACCAAGGGCGAAGGUUCAUUGUUAGCUAUCAUGUUCAAUAACCUGGGAGGGCUGCUGUUCAGGUGA